AUCCCAACAAUGCUUCUACUUGAAAUAUUUUUCGGGAUCCGUUAAGAAAAAAAUUUUGUUCGUUCAAGCUACACAAAAGAAUUCAAUUUUUUCAACAAGUAAACUAAAUAAUUAAUUAAGAAAAUAAAUCAUGAUAAUAAAAAUAAGAUGGAGACUAACCUCAUCACUUAGAUUCUCGCCGCUCAUUAGUGUUGUGCUUGCUCUUCUCGAUAUCGCAUUCUACCCCCCACAUUGAUGGAGAAUGAUCUUCCAUCGAGAAAUCAAGCCCCAAUCAUUACGUACAAUCCCCCAUCCCUUUGAAGCAAAUUUGACUCCAACUCGCAUCCAAAAUUCAGCCAUGCAUUGAUAUUGACCGACCAAACCAUCCUCAGAAAUUUCAAUCCAUGUCUUGCAUAGAACUUCAUCUUCGGGCUCCAUAAAAUUCGAAGUGCGAUUGGAAUGAGACAUGAUGAAGUGUUUGGGAAGAGAAAAUGUGUUAUGUUUGAAAAAGAUUAUCUUUUUAAGAUGAGAAGGCAAUGGUGAAGAAUAAGUUAAAAAUGUUGUGUUUUCAUAGAUAUAAUUGAAAAAAAACUAGCUGUUGGGGGGCUUGGUGAUGAAGGAGGCAUUGGUUAAUUAGGGGCUGAAGGAGCUGUUGGAAAAGUUUGUGGGGCUAUCACAGCAAUUAUUAUUAUUCCAAAAAUCUCUUUUGCAGCGACACUUGACCCGGGGGGGGGGGGGGGGGGGGGGGGGGGGGGGGGGGGGGGGGGGGGGGUAAGUGAGCUACACGUGCGGACGACAUUGGCUUCGUCCCUCCGGCGCAUCGCUUUAAACUGUUGAUGGGGGACAAAUGGUUUGGCCACGUUUUUGGCGGGUUGUGGGUCAAGUUUGGUGCCAAUUUUGCCACCAUUUGGAUUUUUAGGUAUUUUGGACUUGGAUCGAAAGAUAUUUUAUCCAUUGUUUUUAGCAUUUUUGGGUUUGAUUUGGAGAUGGUUUAAUAGUUGUACAUAAACAACUUAAUCAUGUUCAUAAUAUUACAUUUUUCAUUCUAUAAGUUAACGACAAAUGUGAAAAUACUCAGUAAUAAAAUAUAUAAAUAUUUUAAAAUUGGUCUAGUGGUAAUGUAGGAGUGAGAAGAUUCACCUCACUCUAAAUUCCAAUCUUGAGCCAACAACCAUAUUUUAAAAUAUAAAUUUUCAUGUGAGAAAGUUAAGCCAAUUUAACUUUGUGUGUAGAGUGGCAUUUUAAGUUAAUUGAAAUGGCCAAUACUACGGUGCCGCUGUAAAGAGUGCGACACCGGUAGCGCAGUUUUUCAUUGGUACACGCGACUAUGACGUGGCAUUGGUCUGUUUACUUAAUUUCAACCAAAUCCAAAUGACAGUUAGAAAUGGCAUGAACAGCCUAUCAAAAUGUAACGGAAAAGGGAUUUCCCGUUGGAUGCUUUGUUUUUAUUUUUCUGUUUAAUUAAUUAAAUUAAAAAUCACGUAACUGCAUUUUCGUGGCAAAAUCAGAAAACAGAAUACGGUGAUCUGCACCAAACGAACCAGAAGCUUCAUCGAUCUCCCUCGCCGGCGCCCACAACAAAAUCACCCCGACGACUUGUCCGUCGUCGUCAACUUUUCUGUGGAAUAGCAUCACCGUCAUAUUACCCGACUAUCACAAGUCAGAAGAGAUUCGACUCACUCAGCUCGUACGCUUCGUUUUGCAACCGUCCCUAUUGGAAUUGUUAAAACAAAGCUAUAGGUGUUCGACAAGUUUCUCCACCAAUGCAAAGGCUUCCAGGUAAUUCAAUUGAUCUUAGGAGAUUCAUUCAUGUCCUUUUUUUUGCUUUGAAUUGUGUUUCAGGGAUUGGGAGGCUCGUGUUUUGUUGUUCAUUUGUCCUCCUGGGAUCGAGCAGCAGCAGGAGGAAAUCGAUGUAUGUCCAUUAGUUUAUGGAGGGGUUUGCCUUCUUGGGUUGAUUCCCGAAUAAGAAACUGUGAUUGUGGUUGGAUAGAAUAUAAGGAAAUCAAUUAGAAACUUGAGCAGCAGGGGAAUUAACACUUACUUGUUGCUGCUCGAUUCCCUAAUAAGAAAACGAAAUUAACACAUACUUGCACUUGCCUUCACCGAAACGGGCUUCAUUCACUAGACUUAAGUGCGAUGAGGAUUGUCGUUCAUUGUUCGAGUCCUUCUGGCAAUAUAAUUGUAUAAAUCACAACCAUAAUUGGUAUUCCUUUCUUCGGCAAGCACAUUAAUUAAACGGUCUUGAGGAACAAUAACCAUACUUUAGCUGUCAUGUCAUCCAUGCUUAAUUAAUUGUUCAGAACAACCACCAACGAGACGACUGCUUGGUUUUAGAGGUGUUCAUGGACUUCCUCCGGUCUGAUUUCCCUUGCAUGGAUGUUAAGGUUUCGAAGAUUCAACAUGAAUGGUUCAGAGCGAGGGAUGACGCAAGGAGGGCGAUUUAGAUCGUCUGUGUCGGCAGAGCACUUCGAUGGAGACAGAGGGUCUCUCGAAACUAGGGAAUCAUCAAAUUUUUUUGUACAAAAUGAGUGUAAGAGGAGGAAUAUGAUGCAGGAAUUAAGUGGAGUCGUGUCAUAUAGAGGGGAAUUCGGAUCGAUGACUGCGGAGUUCGCAGGAGAAGCUUUUUCUGUUCAUAGUUAGACGGAGCGAGGAGCGAGCGGUCGAAGAUGAAGACUCUAGCUUUUUCUUGUUCCUUCGCUUUUUUGUUACAGUAGAAAAAUAAAUACAGUUAAGUUAAAUAUGUUUCCAAUUAAUUGACGAAAAAAUAACACAUAGCCAAACGGCUGUGAAGACUGAAGACGGAAUCUUUAUACUAGCUGCGGUUUGGGCAGUCACUUGAUCAACGAGUUUAUCCAGCUCUCUGCCACAUCAGAAAGUGCACCACCAAUAUCGCACUUUUUACAGCGACACCGUAGUAUUGACCAAUUGUUGAUUCAAAUUUCAAUAACCAUACCAGUUGUCAGAAACGGUUAUGCAAAACUGGGCAUUUGCCGAAAAAUAAAAAGAAAUAAGCCCACUAGAAGAAUCUCACCCGCGUCACCAGAGCAAGGAUUAAAUGUGCACUAAAUGUAAGUUCGCUGUAUCUACAAAUCGAAGGUUCAAACUUCAGGGAGUUGUCUCUUAUUUUCCCCUUUCCUUUUCCUUUUCGAAUUCGAUUUCUUUUCACAUGUUUUCCAAGUCGGAAACGGAAAAGCCAUACUCACACCUCCCUAUAAAAAUCAUCCGCCUUUCCAAAUUUUCACUCACUGUGUAACUACCGAUUCAUUCUCUCGGAAACCAUCGUCGCCCAUCAUCAUGGUGUUCGCGUUUAGGCAAGUAUGGAGGCACAAUCUCGUCUCGGAGCUCGCCGAUUUGGAAACCGCCAUCCACCUAUUUCCAAUUCUCUCCAUCGACGUUCAGCAUCCUCACUUCAACAAAGACGCCAUCAAACCAACCUCCCUUCCUCAACAAGCCUGCCUCUACCUCGUCAGUUACCUCGUCAACAGAACCCAGAUGCUACAGUUGGGUAUCACGGCGGCCGACGGCGAAGGCAACAUCGGAGGAACUUGGCAGUUCAACCUCCGGUACAGCGUUUGGGAAGCGGCGGUUGCCACCAAGGAAGAAGAACACACAAGCGCAAUCAUCGAUUUCGGGACCGAUCGCGGCGACAUCGAGUGGGAGAGACUGGAAUCGGAAGGAAUCGACCCGCGUCAGUUCGCGGGCCUCUUCACCGGGCUAUUGGGCCGGGCCAAGCAGCAGCAGCAGCAGAUCGAGUGGAUCACUUACAAAGGCCUUUACGACGUGGCCUACUUGGUGAAGCUGGUUACAAAGGACGGCCAACUGCCGCAGACGGGGAAGGAGUUUUUCCGGGUCGUGGGCCGGGUGUUCGGGGCGGUUGUGGAUGUGAAGUGCCUGGCGGGUCAUAGUCCGGGUCUGGCUAAUACGACUGCGUUUCGAAGAGAAGAGCUGGCAAAGGAAUUGGGUGUUCGUCGGAGAGGGAAAGCACAUCAGGCGGGAUCGAACAGCUUGCUGACCAAUCUCUUCUUCACCAAGAUGAAGAGAAGGUUCUGGAAGAAGAAGUUGUCGGUGGAUCAAGAGAGCCACAAGGGCUUUCUCUGGGGAAUUAAUUGCAGGGUUUGCCCGGUGCCGGAGAAAAUCUCCGGCAACGUCGGAGGAGUAGUUGUAGAACACGGCGACAACUGCCGGUGUGCGGGAUGUAGCUUCCCCGAGCAGCCGUUGUUUCGGUGCGACCACCGAUUGAGCUGCAGCUGCCGGUGCCGGAGUUGUGGAUCCCGUUUGGUACCGGAGCAAUUGUUUUCUAGGUAUCGAGGUUAUCACCCGGCGAUUUGCUGCGACGGCAAUUGCGCGGGUCGGCUGCCGGUGAGGGCGAGAAGGUUUGUUGUUUAUCAACCGCCGGUGAUUCUUAUGCGGAGGGAUUUCAUCGUUCCGUGCUGUUAGUACUUAGUAGUCAUCAAAGAUAGGCUUCAAGAAAGAAAGCUUGAUUGU